UCUCUACUUAUGUGGGGACGCUUCAGUGAGAAGGCGCCGAGGAGGGUGGAAGCAAUCAUGCAGUGGUUUUCGCGGUCGCAAGCUGGGCCGGCCACGGAGAACGACAUCUGCGCCGCCGUCGGCGACAACUCCGGGACGAGCAAGGCGAUACGCUGGCUGCUGAAGCAGGAGGGUGGCUUGCGGCGUGCAGGCAUUGGCGGCCUCUUGGAUCCGUAUGUUUAUAUGAAAUGGGUCAAAUGGUAUGUGGACGUUGUCGUUAGCUUCUUGCAUAUCCCAGGGGUGUUGUUCAUGUUCAGUGUUUUGGUUGUUGGACAAUAAACCUUGUAUUGGAAGGUACGUGCUAUUUCUAUGUUAAACAUUGUCUCUCCUUAUUCUAUUGGUACAUUAUUCGCAAUUGUUGUCUUUGAAAUAACUUCAUUACCAACCAUCUUAUUUCUUAGUCCCUCUAAUCCCCAAUAUAAAUCCAUUUAAGCUCAUGUGUGGGAGUUAGGUGCAUGCCAGAUGCCAAAUUGCCCAUCAAUCAUUGACAGAAUUAAUGUGGCAUGUGGUCAGCAUCGUUACUUCCAUUGAUUAGUGGCAUGUAAAUAGAAGUAAAACAGGGAAAAUUGAGUAAAAAAGAUUCCAUGAACUAGGGAUGGAGUUAUAUUUAGUAGACUGAAGAAGGCUUAGAUGAACUUGGAGGAAUUCUGCUGUAAUUAUUUAACUUUAUUUUUUGUCUCAAAAAUUUCGUUGCCAUAUAUAUCAUUGUCUAAGUUUUACAGAUGUAGUUUGAUUUUCCAAGUAUAUCAGCAUAAACUUGGUUAGCGGAGAAUUCUUAUCCUUUACUUUAAGUUGCAUUAUACAUUCCCUUUGAAAUUUUUUACACAACAUUUUUGCCUGAUAUUUUUUCUGCUAAAAAAUUAUAUUAACUUGCUCUCAUAGGCUUAUUAAUGCUUCCAUAGCUUUUUACAAACUCACGUUAAAGUUAUCUAUGCGCUUUCUUAUCAUUCAAAUAUUGUUGUUACCUUUUUUUUCCCUUCCUUGCCAGCACAUCAAGUUGGUAAGUUGUAUUGUGGACCGUGUGAUACA